AUGUCGGGAGAAGAGGCGAAAAAGAGUGAAGCUGAUGAAUUGAGCGAAUUAUUGGAUUCAACGUUGAAAAAUUUCGAUGAGACAAAAGUGUGAGUUUUUUUCGGGGAAAAUUUGAAUAUAAUGGAAAUUUUUAUUUAAAUUUCUAUAAUGGGGCUAUUCAGCAAAAAAAAUAUGUUUUCUCAACGGGAGAAAAGCGAAGCACACCCGUUCAAGCAACGCAAUGAGUGUUUUCUACUGUAAAACGAAACAAAAAACUGUGCAAACACUUUUGUCUAAUUCUCUCUGUUCGCCGUUAUAUUUCGCACUACAGUAUUAAAGGAGCAUGAUAAAUUUCAUGCGUUGGGUCUUGUCGCGAUUGCUAACUUUCUUCGCAGGACCUUAAAAAUUUUGAAAUGCGUAGUCUCACACAGAUCUCGAUGCGCUGAUUCUAAUGGUAUAUUUAGUUUUGCCACUUGGUUAGCUAAUUCCUUUGCAAAUUGUGGCGCAGUGUGAAUAAAAGAAAUUUCUAAUUUUUUCAUUGUUUGAACGGGUGUGGAAGAAAACCUACUCAAGUCGGUUGAGAAAACAUAAAAAUCAAACACUUGAAACACACAAAUUGCGACGAGACCCAACGAAAAACAACAUGUUCCUUUAGGAUACUGUAGAAAAUCGCAACGGGACCAAUUUACAGUAAUGCAAAAGGUCAAAGGAACAUGUUGUUUUUCGUUGGGUCUCGUCGCAAUUUGUGUGUUUCAAGUGUUUGAUUUUUAUGUUUUCUCAACCGACUUGAAUAGGUUUUCUUCGCUUUUCUCCCGUUGAGAAAACAUAUUUUUUUUUUUCGCUGGAUAGCCCCAUAAAAAACAUGAAAAAUCUCGAAAUUUUAUUAAAUAAUUCCUAAAAAUGAACUAUCCUCGGGUAGGAUGCAAAUGUUUGUGGGUUGUUUUUCUGUCAAGAAUCUCAUUUUUUUUAAAUUCAAAAUUUCCAGGGUCCCAAAAUCAACAGAUGAUGAACUCGAUGAAUUAAUGGAUUUACAAGACCAAAAAGCGGCUCAAAAAGCAGCUGGAGAUUUUCAAAAAAUGCUCGAACAAAUGGUGCAAGUUCAAGAAGAAGCCAUGAAAAGAGCUGCUGAAAAUCCAGGAGGAGAAGCUGGAAAUUUGAAUUUAGGAGAAGGAUUAGAAGGUUUGGAUCCAAAUGAUCCAGAAUCGAAAGCAAUGAUGGAUGCAAUUAAACAAUUAAUGGAAUGUUCAUCGACUGUUGCAAAUGCAAAUUCAGCUGAAGAAUUUAUGGCUGGAUUAGAAAUGUUGAGAUCUCCUGAAUCACCAAUGGAACCUUUUAUGAGUAUGAUUAUGCAGGUAAAUAUUUGAAGGGAAAAUUGAGAGAUUGAGGGUUUUGGGAGAGUGAAACUAUGAAUUUUAUGGGAAAAAUUGUUCAUAGAUUGAGUUUAAAAAUUGAAAAAAAACUGUAACUUUGCAGACUCUGGCAUCAAAAGAAGUAAUGUAUCCGCCACUCAAAGAAAUUUUCGAUAAUUAUCCAAAAUAUUUAGAAGAAAAUAGUAAGGAUUUGGAUGAAGAAACAUUGACAAGGUAUAAUAAACAAUUUGAGGUAAGUCGAUAAUUGUUUUCGCUAAUAUUCAAAUAUUCAAUUAUUCUACAGGUCCUCGGUAAAAUUUGCACAGAAUUCGAAAAUCAGCCCGAAUUCCCAACACCCAGUGAACCCGAAAAUGCAGCAAUAACUCCAGAUUCGGCUGAAAAUUCUGAAAAUCCGGGAAAUGCUGUAGAUUUGGCUGCUGGCGAACAUUUUGAGAAAUUGGGAAAAUUAUUGGUGGAAUUACAAACUUAUGGAUAUCCGCCAAAAGAAUUGGUUGGAAAUUUGCCGGAUGGUAAGGGAUUUUUGGGAGAAUUUGAUGAAAUUGAGAAUUGAUGAUAAGAUUUGUGAUUAAAAAUUAUUCCAGUUCUCAUUUUUUUUCUCUUUCAGGUUGGGCAAUUGAUGAAUCCGGUUUGCCAAAAGUGAAUGAUGCGGCAGCCGCAGCAGAUGCAUGCACAAUUAUGUGA